CAAAAUUGUUCUGGUGCAUACCUGAAUCCCCUUGGCUUGUAACUACAUAUUUCAUGACACCUGCUUUUGGCAACUGACUAAUUUGAGGACAUCGACGUAAAAUCUUCCAACCUUUUUUUUUUAUGUAAAUAGGCUUUAUGUUACAUCUCAACUAUUGUUAAUCCGAAGCAAAGAGCUUUAGCAGAUCUUCCGCAUCUUAAAUGUACAGAACAUCGUUUCUAUGAGCAUGCAUUUGCGUUUGUUAGUGUGUUUUUAAGAAAAUAUGUGUUAGAGGGACCCGAACGCGUUUGAUAACCUGUAUUCCAAAGCUCCCGAUGUAGUACAUCGUUCAUAUCACACGUGGGCAGUAAACACAGUGGAAUACAUUGGGGUUGAUGCAGUGUGAAGCCCAGCCAAUAGUUACUACAGAGACGGCACAUUGCAAGGAUGUGGGCUCAGAAGAAGCCCAGGAUGAGAGAGAGAGAACAUCUGGAGUUGGCUGAAUCUGAGUGUUUAAUUCUGACUGCCUGACAGCAAUCUGCUGUAGAAGACACAGACUCCCAAGAUGCUUUGCUGUUUGGCGCUAUCCUGAGGUGGCCAAUGUCGUCGGGUCUCUUUGACAUGCAGUGGUGGCAGGCGCUCUUAAACUCCACCCUCAGUCUCAAUCAAAGCAACAGUAGUUUGUUCCUGCUUGAUGUCCCCUGCUGGCAAUCAAGCGCCAUGACGCUUACAUUAGUGCUAUGCUACUGCCUGGUGCUUAUUUUGGGCUUGCUUGGUAACAUCCUCCUCAUUUGCAUUAUUAUGCACCAGCGGGACCCUCCUAACGUCACAAGCAUCCUCAUUGCCAACCUUUCGGUUUCUGAUAUCCUGGUGAGUGUGUUCUGCCUUCCCUUCACAGUGGUUUACACACUUAUGGACCACUGGAUCUUCGGUGCGCUGCUAUGUCGCCUAAUGCCAUUCGUGCAGUGUGUGUCGGUGACCGUUUCAGUUCUGUCUAUGGUUUUGAUCGCACUUGAAAGGCACCAGCUCAUCCUGCAUCCAUCUGGCUGGAAGCCGAGCGUCCCUCAGGCAUACAUAGCCGUCUUGAUUGUGUGGCUGCUGGCCUGCGUGACAUCAUUACCUUUCCUGGCAUUUCACUUGCUCAGCAGUGAGCCAUACAGCCUGCUUCCUGAGCCACUCAGCAAGCUGCAGGCUUGUCUGGAAGUCUGGCCCUCUCAGCAACACAAACUAGCCUACACCACCAGCCUGUUACUAUUCCAGUACUGCUGCCCACUGCUCCUCAUGCUACUUUGUUAUCUUCGCAUCUUCCUGCGGCUGCGACGCAGACAGCGCAUGCUGGAGCACCAGUGCAGCCGCAACCGAGAGGACGAACAUCGGCGUAUGAUGCACAGCAAACGCAUAAAUGUCAUGCUUGUCACUUUGGUGGCUGUGUUUGCUGUGUGCUGGCUGCCAUUAAAUGCCUUUAAUGUGGUGGCAGACUGGCACCAGGAGGCGCUGCCCGUGUGUUACCACAAUCUGCUGUUUUCACUCUGCCAUCUGCUGGCCAUGAGCUCUACCUGCGUCAACCCCAUCAUCUAUGGUUUCCUCAACAGCAACUUCCGCAAGGAUGUGGCCUCCGUGGUGCUACACUGCCAUUUUCAGUCACUCGAGGACAGCUACGAACACUUUCCGAUGUCCACAAUUAACACUGAUGUGUCAAGGACAUCUUUUAGACUCAGAAACAAUUCUGUGUAAUUAGGCUAAACGCUUAAUGUUAAUUAAUCUUAACAUCAAAACCAGUGUUUAGCUUAGAUCAGCGGUCACCAAACUUGGACCUCAUCCACACGAAGCCAAAGCUUUCCCUAUCCAAUCUUUUUUUUCCUCGUUCUUCCGCAAACAGCAUCGUCUCAAGAAUAUCUGCAUACACACAAAACCACUGAAACUGACACAAAACAAUGUAGUAUACAUGCCAGACCAGUAUGUGGCCAGUUGCCAACUUGACAAAUCUAGUGACUUUUUGGACAAACCUUAACUAGUCUCUAAAUGUCACCAGUAUUGUCCUGUGCGAGCACAAGGUCUUGUUUCCCCGCUGCAGUGUUCGUCUAGCGCUAUCACAAAAUAUACGGAUUGUCUGUACACACGAAAACGCAAGGAUGUCGUUUUCAGAUUUAUGCACUCUGGGACCCAGUUUCAAAAAAUUGCAGUUUCAGGCUCCCAAAAACGGCAGAUCCGUCUGGACGAAAUGCUGAUACGAUGCAAAAUUUUUACGUAUACAGCUAAAUGUGUCUCCGUGUGGACAGGCCCUUGGUGCUGGAGGUCCGUUGUCCUGCAAACUUCACUCCAACUUGCUUCAACACACCUGCCUGGAAGUUAAGACUUUGAUUAGCUGGUUCAGGGGUGUUUAAUUAGGGUUGGAGCUAAACUCUGCAGGACAUCGGCCCUCCAGGACCAAGUUUGGUGACCCUGGCUUAGAUCAACAUCAAUCGUUCCACUCCAGUGCCAAAACUUUCACACAGAUGCCAGCUUUUAUCUCUUUUAACCCAUAUGUAAAAAAAUACUUUUUUUCUGGCCAAAAUAUAUUUAAAAUAUAUGGUAUACAUACAUGUUGUAAACAUCAAAUUGAAAAUAUAAUUUGUCUAAACCUUCGAAUGACAAAAUAUAUUACAAAAUGUUCUUUAAAGGGCAAGAAAAUACAUCUGCAAUCUUAAAAAUAUAUUUUGGACAAUUUAAUUAGAUUGUCAAUAGACUUAUAUACAUUUAUGAGGACAUAUUAUAAGUAACAAAGUAAACAUAUUUAUGUGAACAGCUUCUACUUAGUAUGGAUUCUGAUUGGUCCAGGCAGGAGGAUGUGACUAUAACCCAUUUGAUUUCUCAGGACUGAAUCCUUCUAAUCCCUGUGUCAUAAUAUCAAAGUAUUUAAUGCACACUGAUUAUGUCUCUUUGUACAGUUUUAGAUUGCAAAAGCAUUUUACUUUGCUAAAUCUCAUGGAAUAUAUAUGGACAAGGAAGCAGAAGGUGAUUUCUCAGCUAUGUACUUUUUUCCACUCAAAUACAAUGAAAGCUAUAAGGAAUAAAUUAGUUGAGGGCAACGCUUGCAUUUGAAACAUUAUCUCUUCUUCCUUGAGGCACAGAGUUAAGUUUAGAGGUACUGGCAGUGCACAAAUGCCUGGAAAUUGCAGUUAGCUAAGCCGUAAUGCUAACCCUAAUGCCAAGCAUAAUGCAAGCUAAAACCCACAAUAAAUCUGAAUAUACCUAUCAGCUCAUAUUGUCAAGCUGCAGCCUAAAAAGGGGAAAACUGACAACAUCCACUGGGCAAACAAAACUGGGCUGGAGUUUUUUUUUUUUUUUUUUUUUCUUUCUGCUGUGGCUUCUUUUUGUGACUCAUCCUUCCAAACAAACACACACACAUAAAAUUUGCUCAAAGCAUUUUUGUAAGAUACACUGUCUGAAAUGUACUAUCAAAUAUGUAGUUAACUAAUCUGUUAAGAUUGUUAAUCUGAUUUCAGG